CUGAGAUUAAACAAAAACUACGGAGGCCAAAUACGUAAAUCCCGCAAAAUCCGAGACUCAUAAAUAAGAUCAGCCGGGGAAAGCUCGAGUUGACUCACUUUUCACUCAAGAAAGGAAAUGAAUAAAAUCUCUUUUGGCAAAAAAAAGAAGAAGUAAAAACGCUCUCAAAACGUUACAGUGCCUCUUACGUACCCUUUCUUCUAGCUAUCUUUAAUGGCGUCCGAAGAGAGCUUGCUGAUCAACACUUGUUCCAUUCUAAACGACGAGUACGACGACACAGACGAUGGGUUUCAUUAUCAGACCAGGCAAAGCAGUUUGUCUAGGUUAUCAAUCUGCACGAGCUCCUUUCACGAAGACGACGAAGAUCAUUGCGCAACUCACCCUUCAGAAUUGGGUAAUUUCAUCUCCGAGCUAUCGCUAGAGAGCUUCGACGUCGGAGCCGAGGCGGACGGAGAAAUCUCCGAUGACGGUGAAGAUUCCGAUUCCGACAAGGAAUCUCCUGGAUUUUACUCUCUCCCGACGACGAUCAUGUCUCGUCGGAGAAGAAAACUCUCUGUUGUUUCGACCGGUUUACAAAAAGAGAAUGAGAUGAGAGUCGAUGGCAGUAAGUGUGGUUUAGUUAAACAGAGAAGGGUAUUAAGGGAAAAGAGUAAAAGAGGGAACCAUUAUUACGGUCACGGGUUUAACGGUGUGGAGAGAGAAAGCGACGGAGACGGAAACCGUAACGGCGGAGGAAGAGGAGAAGAAUUGACGGUGUUAACGAAGGUGAGAGGAGGAAAGAAGUCGAUGAAGAUGGGGUUUGAAGAAGUGAAGGCUUGUAGAGAUCUCGGGUUCGAUUUCGAAGUUCCGGGUCGGGUUUCAGUAUCCACCGGGUCAAACCGGGAGACGCAGACUAGUAGUGGCGGCAACUCUCCGAUUGCCAACUGGCGAAUCUCUAGUCCAGGGGAUGAUCCGAAAGAGGUUAAGGCGAGACUAAAGAUGUGGGCACAAGCGGUAGCUUUAGCUUCUGCAUCACGUUAAGCUUAUAAUUAUGUUAGGGUUUGUCUUUGGAAAAUUUAGGUUUUUGUCUCAUAGUUUUUUCUUGUAGCGGUAGUAACUCGUUUUGUGAAUAUGAAAGCUUUAUAUUGAUUGUUUCGUUGAAUGUUUUUAUAAAAACAAAACUCCAUACACAAAUUACUUGUAAAGAAACCAUUCACGUGGAUUAUGUGUUACUCUGUUUUUAUC